GAUCCAAGUGUCUGGAAGUGACUUCUCAGAAAUGUUUAUUUUAUUUUUUAGAAAAGUCCUGAUCACAAACACCCAAAGGAUCAACUAUCUGAUUUUCUUGACUGUUGUUGUGCAAUGACUUCAGUUUCCCCCUACAGACCAAAAACAUGCCAACAAUGCAUUCUCACUCCCGUCCACAGGAAGAAGAUGAGGACAUUCAUCAGCAGGAAGCUGAAGAAGCUGCAGUCAGAGGUGAAGCUGCAGAAAAACCAAAGAGGAACUCAAAGCUUCCAUUAGGGACAGUGGUCCUGCUGGUUCUCUGUGUUCUGCUGGCUGCUGCUCUCAUCAUUAUCACACUCUCUACGAUGUCGGUCCAAACCAAGAAGGAGAAUGAAGCUCUGAGGAAAAACCUCUCAGAUCUGCUUGUGAGGAAUCAAAACCUGGCAGAGAAGAUUGAAGCUCUGAAAAACUUCUCAG